AAAAGCUCUCACGCCAUACCCCAUGAACAUGUGAACAGUGCUCUUAUCGCCUAUCACAAGCCCAAAAUUCCCGAAGCAUAUCAGCAAUGAUAUAAUUCCAGAAUGGAUAAGAGCCUAGAUCCCGGUAUACGGAAGAUAUCCGGGCUGGCGGAACUCCAUCGACUAAUGAGAUCUCCCAAUGUCCUCCACGGUUCAUCAAAUUGCUGCACGGCAGUUAUCUAGCAAAUGAUAGUCCAUUGCAUCAUCAAAGCUAUACAAACGACAUGGAUUCGUGCCUGCCGAUCGCUAAACAUAAAGCUAUGAGAGAGUUCCCCAGAAGAAAAUGCCGAGACGUCAAACCGAACUGCUGGAUCUUUCGCAUUCCCAAGAUUCUUGGCCAAAAUGUCGCUUCACAUUCGGGCAGAUGCAAGCGAGAACGGCAUUGAGCCACCGCUUUCUCAAGCGGUCGGCUAUGUCGUCGUUAUCGCGAUUGGAUUUCUUAUCGCGUUCAUUAUGAUGUUUCUGACGCAUAUCUUGAAGAAGACGGUUGGUGAAGAUAACAAGACGACCGAGAUGUUCAUGACAGCCAAUCGAAGUGUUGGCACUGGCCUGACUUCAUCUGCUGUUAUUUCAUCUUGGCUUUGGAGUACGGCUAUGCUUGGAAGUACUCUUGUUGGAUAUAACUUUGGUGUCGCCGGACCAUUCUGGUUUGCAGCUGGAUGCUCGCCCAUGAUCGUUUUCUUCGCUUUGCUUGGUAUCUCCUGUAAACUCAGAGUACCCGAAGCGCAUACACUACUUGAGAUUGUCCGCAUACGAUAUGGAACUUCUGGUCAUAUUGUUUGGAUUGGCCUGUGCCUCAUCAACAACAUCAUCGCUAUCGCAAACAUGUUGCUUGGUGCAAGUGCAGCGAUCUCUGCCUUAUCUGGUAUCCAUAUCAUCGCCGCUACGUUCUUGCUACCCGUCGGCGUGGUGCUGUAUACCUUUGUCGGCGGCAUCAAAGCGACUUUCCUGACUGACUACUUCCAUACGUUUGUGAUCACGAUCAUCAUAUGUUUUUUCACAAUCAAGGCAUUCCUGGUCCCCGAGAUUGGAUCACCUGGCGGUCUAUAUGAUCUUAUCGUCCAGGUUGGAAAGGACCAUCCAGUCGCUGGUAAUCACGAUGGAUCUUUCUUGACGAUGACUAGUAAAGAUGCUAUAUACUUUGGUAUCAUCCAUGUUCUGGCCAAUUUUGGUCUUGUCAUCAUGGACACUGGCUUCUUUGCCAAAGCCUUCAGCGCUGCGCCUCAAGCUGUUGUACCUGGAUAUAUCAUCGGCGGCAUUGCUUACUUUGCAAUCCCAUGGUGUCUCGGCACCUUGAUGAGCUUUUCUGCUCUCGCUCUUGAGGAUACUCCUCGCUUCCCUACAUACCCUCGUCGCAUGUCUUCCGUCGAGAUCUCGAAUGGUCUAGUACUACCUUAUGCCGCGAUCGCAAUUGCUGGAAAAGGCGGUGCUGCUGCCGUUUUAUUGAUCACCUUUAUGGCCGUCACUUCAACCAUUAGUGCGCAAGUUAUUUCGGUGUCGUCGAUCAUCAGCUUUGACAUCUAUCGUCAGUACUUCAACCGUCAAGCUACAGACCGUGAUGCUAUUCGAUGGAGUCACAUCGGUGUCGUCUUCUUCGGUCUCUUUUCCGCUGCCUUCUCUACUGCCCUCUACUACGGCAAGGUUGACCUUGGAUGGACCCUAUACAUGCUCGGAGUCUUGACAUGCCCUGGUAUCUUCCCGACCGUCUUUACAAUCCUAUGGAGAAAACAGUCAAAGAUUGCUGCCAUUGUCUCACCUCUCCUGGGUAUGGCGACUGGUAUCGCUGUUUGGCUUGGCUCAGCGUCGUCACUGUACGGCGAAGUCACCGUUGCAUCCACUGGAAAGUCUCUUCCUUGUGUAUACGGAACUGUCGCUUCAGCUUUGAGCCCAGCUCUGUACUCAGUCGUCAUCUCGCUCAUCAAGCCUGCCAAUUACCAAUGGGCCGACUUCAGAAACGAGCGUCUUGCGUUCGACCAGGUCGGCUCAACAAAGGAAGAAGUGAGAACACACGAAGAAAAGGUAGCCAGCUACACCGAAGAUAAAGCUAAGCUCAAGCAUUGGGGCACUCUUGCGGCGAUUUGGUCCGCUGCUACAUUCUUGGGACAUUGGGUUCUAUGGCCUCUUCCGAUGUACGCUGCCAAAUAUGUCUUUGGCAAGACUUUCUUUGUCGCUUGGAUUGUUAUCGCCAUUAUCUGGGUAUGGGGAACCAUGUUCGUUGCAGGUUUCUACCCCAUUAUUGAUGGUUGGCCUCAAUUGAAGACUGUUUAUCGGGGCUUGAGGGGACAGGGUCCAGUUGAAGGUGAAUCCAAAGUAGUCCAGAAUGCCCAAAGUGAUUCUUCCAUCACUGAGAGGGACGAGAAGGGGAACAGUGGGAUCCUGGCCUAAGAAUAGUUGUCAGCGUGCUGUAUAUAAGAGAUAUAAUAAAGAUCCGGGUUGAAGACGCUAGAUAUUAUAAUAUCUCUAUACGGCUAGAUCAAUAGCGAUGUUUGUUUUUACGAGUAAGUAAGAUAGGAAAACAUCCGUGGUGGGAUUCAGUGACAGCCCCGAAUCGGGCCUUGGCUUCCCCGCUUCGCCCCCGCCAG